AUGGAGAGGGCCCAGCACUGUGGAGCAGAACAGGACAAGAGUGUACAAAAAUUGAGUGAGAGACUCAGGAAUCCAACAGGAAAGUUAGAAAAAGGGAGUAAUGAUGGUGAAAAGGUUUAUGGCAAAACCGUUGACCUUUCACACUGCCCUCAAAGGAGCCCUUCUGCCAAGGUUCGUGGCUACAUCUUUCAACCACACACACUCAGGAAUCAGUGGGCCGCCUUUUUCUCUGCUGAUCUCUUCCUGGGACUUCCAGACACAGAGCCCUCAGUAGGAGCUGCUGCUUCCAAGAAGCGGUGCUCUGCAGACAGUGCCUCCCUAGGGCGUGGGUCUCCAGGAGAGCAGGACAGGGCAGCGGCCGGCACUAUCGGGCAGUGGCCGGCACUACCGUGCCGCGAUUUGCGCAGAGCUGAAGUAGUCCCUGACUAUCGAAGAGGUGGCCCCCGCCCCGUUGGGCCUCACGAGGACCUGUGGCAGAUUCCAGAAAAGGUCUCCCUACAAGAAGCUGCUGUCCUCCGUAUAACUUACGGCACUGCGAUUUUUGCUCUUGAGCAUCGGGCCCGUACCCAGCCUGGAGAAAUUGUUUUAGUGACGGCAGCAGCUGGAGCCACAGGCCUUGCGGUGAUGUGGCAACAAAUUUCUUCAGGCCAAGGUAAUAUAGCUGCUGCUGGAAGUGACGAGAAGUUCAGGCUGGCGAUGCAGAGGGGUGCGCAGUCCAGCGUGAACUACAGUCAGGGCAGCCUGAAGGAUGCAGUGAGGAAGCUCCUGGCAUGUGAGGGCAGGAUUGUGGUAGUGGGAUUUGCUGGAGGAAACAUUCCUUCUGUACCAGCCAACCUUCUGCGCCUGAAGAAUAUCUCUGCUAGGGGCCUGUACUUUGGUCAAUACAAAGAAAUGAACUUUCCCGUCUUCUCCAAGAGCCUAUCUUCAGUGCUUCAGUACUGCCAGCAAGGGCGCAUCCAACCAUAUGUAGGAAUGGUUUUCAAGCUGGAUGAGGUCAAUGAUGCUUUCCUUCAUGUGAUACAGGGGAAAUCCAUGGGCAAGGUUCUUCUCGCUCUUAAAUAA